GCGAUUUACGCAGAAGGAAGAAACGAUUCACGUAAUCCUUUACCGGAGAAGCGAUUCAGAGAAGGGGCAGUCCCUAUGAUCCUGCCCCACCCUUGUUUCUCAAGCCAGAUCUCAUCUCUAUGCUAAAAAGGACGAAAAGGAAAAAACAACGAACGCUGCCGCCGGUUCUCUUCCCCACCAAUCGGACCUCGCCGCCGGCUGAACCUCCGAUUAGUGAGUUCUUUCCGUCCAACGCCGGUGGUGGGUUUUGAUCGCGCGGUGCCGGAUUUGUUUGUUUCAGAGAAUGACCCAUUUGCGCUAAAACCCCUAUUUUUCCCCGCAUAAAUGCACGUCAAUGCGACUGGUUAUUUUACUCAUACUGCGAUUUGGCGUCUGAAUUCAAGCAUUCAACGGUCGAACCUACCCCCAUUGCUGGGUUAACUUCCUUCUUUUGGCUCUGGCGGUUGGCACAUUUCUGCAGGAAUUUUCUAAUUUCUCUUUCUGGGUCUUGAAAUUCCAGUCAGUUUUUUAACCGCCGUUGCCGGAAUUGUGAUCUUCCUCUGCUGAAUCGGAGACAUUUUGCAAAAUUUUGACUACCCAUUUGUUUUUUGAGGUCCUUUUUAUUAUUUUAAAUACUGUUGAAAGAUAUGAAGAUGUUAUCAAUAUCUUCACAGCUACUUGUUUCUGAGAAGUAACAGUUCUCAGAAGUAUGCAUAGAACUGUUGGUGAAGUAUGUCAGUGAUGAAAAUUCCAAAGCGUUACUGGAUCGUUCUUUUAACCUUCAUCUGCACUUCUGUUUGUUAUGUAGAACGUGUUGGCUUCUCGAUUGCAUAUACUUUUGCAGCUGAUGCUGUGGGAGUAGACCAAUCAAGCAAAGGAACUAUUCUUUCAACAUUUUACUAUGGGUAUGCCUGUUCCCAGGUUCCUGGAGGAUGGGCCGCUCAAAAAAUUGGAGGGAAAAAGGUUCUCCUGAUCUCAUUUGUUUUAUGGUCGCUGACCUGUGCAUUACUCCCACUCGAUCCGAGUCGAGUGAUGGUCUUAGUAAUUGCUCGGUUGCUUGUUGGUGUCGCUCAAGGUUUCAUCUUCCCUUCAAUCCACACUGUUCUAGCACAGUGGGUUCCUCCUCAUGAGAGAUCUAGAUCUGUUUCUCUUACAACCUCUGGAAUGUACCUAGGUGCUGCUGCUGGAAUGCUUAUCCUUCCAAGCUUGGUGAAGUAUAGAGGGCCUCAGUCAGUAUUUGCUGCCGAGGCAUUGUUAGGUGCCACAUGGUCUGUGCUUUGGCUCAAGUAUGCAAGCGAUCCUCCACGCUCUGAACAUCCCAAAGCUGCUGCUGCAGGUUUUGGUGAAUCUUUGUUGCCAAUCAAAGGAAACCAGAAAGUAAAAGUAGAGAAUGGAGGAAAUUUGACUCGAUCCUCGAAAAUCCCGUGGAAGAAAAUCUUAAUGAGCUUGCCAGUUUGGGCAAUAGUGGUGAACAAUUUUACCUUCCAUUAUGCAUUAUAUGUAUUGAUGAACUGGCUGCCUACUUACUUUGAGCUCGGUCUUCAACUUAGCCUCCAGGAGAUGGGUUCUUCUAAGAUGUUGCCUUACCUUAACAUGUUCAUAUUCUCGAAUAUCGGUGGGAUAGCUGCCGAUCACUUGGUCACCAGGCGAAUUUUAUCUGUUACGAAAACCCGGAAGUUCUUGAAUACAAUAGGCUUUGCUGUUGCGUCUCUGGCUCUAAUGGCUAUCCCCAUCUUCAGAACUUCUGGUGGGGCUAUCUUCUGCUCAUCUGUGGCUCUUGGUUUCUUAGCUUUAGGGAGAGCAGGAUUUGCUGUGAAUCAUAUGGAUAUUGCUCCGCGAUAUGCCGGUAUCGUCAUGGGAGUCUCCAACACUGCUGGUACGUUAGCUGGUAUUAUCGGGGUUGAUCUAACUGGCAAACUACUUGAAGCUGCAAAGGCUGCCAAUUCAGAUCUCUCAAGUCCAGAAAGCUGGAGAGCAGUUUUCUCCAUACCAGGGUUGCUCUGCAUUAUUAGCUCUAUUAUAUUCUUACUCUUCUCAACUGGUGAGAGAAUUUUUGACUGAGGUAAGCUUCUUUUUUUCUUCAUGGAACUGCCUCGCAAAGAUUUGUGAUCAUCACACCGAGAGGAUUUACAAACUUCAAAAUGCCAAAAAGAGUUUAAAAUGGCAUGUAGGAUAGCAUGAGAUCUAAUUAUUUCAUAUGCCAUAUUGUCCCCUUUCUAAGUUACAAAGUUUUUUCUUCAAGGAAAUUAUUUAUGUACCAUGAUUUAGCAUCAUUGUAGUUGAUAAUUGAUAUUUCUUUGUGACAUUUGUUUUGGACAAAAUAAAGUCAGCGGAACUACAAAUUUGUAACUGUGCACGA